CAGUAAAGUAGGCGGAGUACAUGUAGAUAGUGUCAGUAGAUAGUGCAACGUAUGUUGACACGUCUGAUCGAGAUAAAAACAUGACUGUGAUACGUAUCGCAAAGAUUAACGGUUAUCAAACUUCUGUUGAGGUGCACAAAUAUCGUGCUUGAUUUUGAUGGCAAUAAAGAUGGUUCUUGGCAGCCAGUCUCCAGAGUCCGGCCAUAGAUAUAUAGCAAAAAUAUGUGGUUUCUUCGCGCCUGCUUUCUUCCCUCCUCUUCAUAUUGGCGUCCUGUAUUAUUUCUGGAACCAGUACGCCCAAGUUGACAGACAUUUCUGUUCCUGCUCUUGCUGGGAUACAGUAUUUAAAGGUACGUACGAGUCGGGCAUUGCCUCGUACAAGCACAUGUACUUCAAUGCGACGUCCAACACGCUCAAGAUGUGGGUGGUGACGGUGGUGUUCGUCCUGGGACUGUACGAGUGCGUGCGCUACCUUGCACUGCUGGCCCUGCAGCACCGGCUGCGCGCCUCCAUGCUGGUGCUCUUCCUGUCCUCCAUCUUCGCGCACUACUACGCGUGGUGGGCAUACAUAAACUACUGGAACGACGAGUUCUACUCGCAGUGGAACCACCAGCUGUUCUUCACUGUCACGGAGCUGGCCUCGACUGCACUCGUGCUGCGCAUGGCGGACGCCAGCUUCUCUGUGACGCCCCGAGCAGCUUUCGGAGUGGCGGCCAUCGCGACCCUGCAUCUCGUCACCGGUGCACGUGACCAGUUUGUCAACAAUCUCGUGCGAGGUGCGGGUCACACUCACCAGGUGGUCCGUGACUUGGGUCUCAUGGUGCCGGACGUGUUGCACCUGGUGCUACCGUUAGUGGAACUGGCGCGCAGCAAGCACCGCGCGUCGGCCAGUUUCGGCAGCCAGCUGCGCCGCGAAAUGACGGGCCUCGUUCUGCUCGUCGUGGGCGGCUUCAUCGUUUGUGAGCAGCUGUAGUGUGGCUCUGGGUCGGGGUUUGCCUGACCCCACACUGCAGAUUCUGAUGCUAAAGUGUGUGCUGCAUUUAGUUCUGGGUUUGCUACACUUCUUGCAUCUUGGAGCAGAUUUUGUGUAUUUUGUUGAACUCCACAUGUCUCCUCAGAAGCCUUUUGCUCCAGGUCUGAAAGGUGGAAGUAUGCUUAUUCGCUAAGGAAAUUAGAUCGUCACUUAAUCCAGGCAGCUCUUCAUUUUUCUUCCAUAGAUUGUCAACCGAUGUUUCUCUCAUUUUAUUUAAGGAGCUUACAUGCCCAUUUAAAAAAUUAGCGAGCAAACUGUUGAGUUUAUCUGGGAUAAUAUUUCUUCUUCCAAUAUUUCGGCUGAUAAUCUUGUAGCAAUCUUCGAGGUCAGUUGCUGGCAGAACAUAUUUGGCACAGUACUGUGGAGUAAACAGUUUUCUUGUUAGUUAGUUUGUUUUUUACUAUUUUGUAGGUAGUUUUACCCUUUUAUUUUCUUGACUAGUACAAGAUUUUGUGCAAUUAUGUUUUUAUGCACUUCCUUAUGGAAGUAUUACAAAAUAAUACCUGCUGAUACCAUCCUUCUGCUUUGACCCACAAUGUCAGCAAAUUGGACAUACAACACUUGUCAGAAUCCGAUAUGGGAAAAAUUUAUGUUACAAGAAUUAUAGUCAGUCUUGUAAUGCCACGUUUGUUGGAUUUUUCAACUCGCAAUCAAAUUGUCACCUUCCAGUUUAACCGAGGCCACGGGUUAUGCUACAGAUCAGUUUAUCACCGUAACCUAAAGUUGCAAAAAUAAUACAGAAACAAAAUAAAUAUUGCCAGUGUCCUGUACUGUCUCACUUAGCACUCUUAUUUCGACAUUUGCCGUAACAAUUUUACAUCACAGAUCAAAGCUGACGUCUGGUAUCAGUGUGUUCAACGUACCACAGAUGUUUGCGUUGCCUUACUUAGGACAUAGAAACUGUGAUUCUUGAAGUUUUACUAGCAGAGAUGAUGUUUGAUGAGGUUUUAGGAAUACAGCCGAUUUAUCGAGCCAUCCUACAAAACGGACCGUGUGUGUAGUAUGAGACAAAUGGUACACCUGGUUCUUCAGGGAAUUAAAUGUAAUGUAGCUGUGUAUAGUGUCUUUGUAGGUCAUUUAAUGAAACAUAACAUUCUAGUUACAGGCAGUGCCUCAUCUUUUGGGAAUUUGUGCUAAGAAAACAGUCACAAUACGACAUACAUCACUUAAUGUAAAUGUCGUGUGACUAGGGCCUUCCGUCGGGUAGACUGUUUGCCUGGUGCAAGUAUUUUGAUUUGGCGCCACUUUGGCGACUUGUGUGUCGAUGGGGAUGAUUAGGACAACAGGACACCCAGUCCCUGAGUGGAGAAAAUCUCUGACCUAACCGGGAAUUUAACCCGGGUCCAUUGUUAGGAAAAGAGCAAGAGCUUGAAAGCUGCGUGAAUAAUGUUUUCUGUUAUGUACCAUAAAUCAGUCGAUAUAAGUGAGUGGUUGCCUUUCAUUUACUUUACUUUACAUAAUUAAAAAAAAUUACAUUUACAAAGCCAACCUAAUGUUACUCCAUGGCAGCAUGUGCGUGUUUUCAUUUUGAUGUUGCAUGGAGAUUGGUUUAUUUUACCUUCUCUGUAAGAAGAAUUUUUGCUCUGAAAUUUCACUAUUGGGUAUCCUGAUGCCUGCCACUCACUUCAAUGGCCUGCCUGGAAGAAAUACAUGUGAAUUGCCUAAAAUGACUAGAAAGUUCUUAAUUGAAACGUUGAUCUGGGAAAUACUGAUGAUAUGGCUGCACUCCCAAUACCUCACCAAACGUGCUGAUGCAGUGUCUAAAAUGUAUGGUAUAGCAUAGUGGCCGCCAUUCCUGUAGCUGUUUGCUGUUGUGCCCAAUUCUGUAAAUCAUCUGUCAUUCCUGAUUUGCCACGGAUUCUCUUUUGUAAAUGUGUAAAAUAAAAAUAGAUGUCACCCUUCCAGGUGUGAAAUUUUUAAUUUUGUUCUUUAGUUUGUGUAAUAAUUUCGUGUUAUGUUCCAGCCUAUCAGCAGUAUUUUUCCUUAUAGCUACUUCUUGUUAUUUAUAUAAAUUUGCAGUUUUUGUUUGGUGAUAAUUGUUACAUUUAUCGAGAACAUCAUUUUCAAUGUUGUCAAGUAUUACCGUGUCUGUAAUGGAGGCCGUCCAGUGUAACUUAUGUGUAUAUUUUGCACUAUGUGAUUUGUGCAUAAGGCUUAAAAUGAACAUAGUUUAUAUUUAAUGCAUAUUACUAUUUAUCUGAUCAUGUUAUUGUUGUUAGCAUGUCAGUUGUUCCAUAUUGAGCAUAUUACUCCUACUUUUACCUUUCUAUCUUUGUGUUAACAAAAUAACAAGUAACAGUAUUUGAAAGAAAAUAUAAGGAAUAAUAAUAAUAAUAAUAAUAAUACUGUCAGUAGUUUAAUUGUAUUGAACUGAUGACCUGUCUUCAACUUUUAAGGUUAUUGCCAGCAUUGGUAGGACAGUCCAUUGGACUUUGAAAACUUUAAAGCAACAGCUAACUAUAUAGACGGUUAUUCCUAACAUAUAUCCAUAAACAUUCGAAUUCUGAGACAAAAACAAUCCACUGACUCUCUAUUCGAAUACGGAUGUAUGAAACAGCUGUGCUAGCUCUUACUCUUCCAGUGUACAUGUUACCUGUGUUCUUUCCAAGGAGUGUCUUUUGCUCUCAGAUUUCUGUUCCACAAGUGUGUUCCAAAGCUUACUGUGGUCUUCCUUUUUGUUAAAUGUAUAUAUUGAUUCCACAUUCUGUCAGUUUGUAAGGUUGCCACAGAUAUUUUACUUGUAAACAGAAUUAUUCUCUGUAGUCACUGAUAUUUUUAGAUGGAGUUGUCACUGUUGUUCAUAAGAACUGUGCUUGUGAUUCACUAAAUGAAAAUUGCAAAUUUUUUGUGUUUUUUCUGACGGUCAGAUCAGACGACUGUGGUUUUUAACAAAAGGGGCACUAUAUUACUUGUGUUCCGCUACAGUUUUUCCCCACUCAUCACUGGGCAAGGUUAGACUGUCAUCAAAGAUGAUAAUUUGCAGAAAACACAAGUACAUGAGUUAUUACAGCGGGAAUUUAAUGUUUGUAAUUUGUUGUUAGUAUACUGUCUACGUACAGUGAUGUACUCCAUCACAGUAAUGCCUGUUCUACUGACAUUUUAUUACUUUCUCAGGGUUUUGCUUUUGGUGUGUUUGUGCCAUCAGAAAUUAUUCCAAUCAAGUGGAUGAAGGUAUUGUGUUUUCGGAUAAAGUAAUUGGAUAGACAAAAAGAUAUAUUCACAUUUGCUUGCAGCAGGAAAACAAAAACACACACACACACAGAGAGAGAGAGAG